GACCCAGAAGUCAGUGCGCAGGCCCGAGGCGGAGUCGGCGGCGGUGGGUGUGCGAAUACAGGGAGCCAGGAGGUGCUGGUGCCAGGCGCCAGGAUGCGGUGGCCGGCCACCGGGUUUGGGAGCAGCCCAGGCUCACCUUAACCGGAGCGGUGCGGACAGUCCGGCGGCGACAGGGCUAACCUCGGCAGGUUCGCGAUGCAGCGGGCAGCGGUGCUGGUGCGGCGGGGCUCCUGCCCCCGCGCCUCGGGCCCCUGGGGCCGUAGUCACAGCAGCGCUGCAGCCGAAGCCUCGGCGGCGCUCAAGGUGCGACCGGAGCGCAGCCCUCGAGACCGCAUCCUCACCCUGGAGUCCAUGAACCCGCAGGUGAAGGCGGUGGAGUACGCUGUGCGGGGACCCAUCGUGCUCAAAGCUGGCGAGAUCGAGAUGGAGCUGCAGCGGGGUAUCAAAAAACCAUUCACUGAGGUAAUCCGAGCCAACAUUGGGGAUGCCCAUGCUAUGGGCCAGCAGCCAAUCACCUUCCUCCGUCAGGUGAUGGCACUCUGCACCUACCCAAACCUACUAAACAGCCCCAGCUUCCCAGAAGACGCUAAGAAACGAGCGCGGCGGAUCCUGCAGGCUUGUGGUGGAAACAGCUUGGGAUCUUACAGUGCUAGCCAGGGCGUUAACUGUAUCCGUGAAGAUGUGGCAGCCUUUAUCACCAGGAGAGAUGGUGUGCCUGCAGACCCAGACAACAUUUACCUGACUACUGGAGCUAGCGACGGUAUUUCUACAAUCCUGAAGCUCCUGGUGUCCGGUGGUGGCAAGUCACGGACCGGCGUGAUGAUUCCCAUCCCCCAGUAUCCCUUGUACUCCGCGGUCAUCUCCGAGCUUGAUGCGGUUCAGGUCAACUACUAUCUGGAUGAGGAGAACUGCUGGGCUUUGAAUGUGGACGAGCUCCGGCGGGCAUUGCGGCAAGCCAAAGACCACUGUGACCCUAAAGUUCUCUGCAUUAUCAACCCCGGAAACCCCACAGGCCAGGUACAAAGCAGAAAGUGCAUAGAAGAUGUGAUUCACUUUGCCUGGGAAGAGAAGCUUUUUCUCCUGGCUGAUGAGGUGUACCAGGACAACGUGUACUCUCCAGACUGCAGGUUCCACUCCUUUAAGAAAGUGCUUUACCAGAUGGGGCACGAGUACUCCAGCAACGUGGAGCUCGCCUCCUUCCACUCCACCUCCAAGGGCUACAUGGGCGAGUGUGGCUACCGAGGGGGCUACAUGGAGGUGAUCAAUUUGCACCCCGAGAUCAAAGGCCAGCUGGUGAAGCUACUCUCUGUUCGCCUCUGUCCACCAGUGUCGGGACAGGCCGCCAUGGACAUUGUUGUGAAUCCACCGGAACCAGGAGAGGAGUCCUUUGAGCAAUUCAGCAGGGAAAAAGAAUUCGUCCUUGGUAAUCUGGCCAAAAAAGCAAAGCUGACAGAAGAUCUGUUUAACCAAGUCCCAGGGAUUCAGUGCAACCCCUUGCAAGGAGCUAUGUAUGCGUUCCCUCGGAUUCUCAUCCCUGCCAAGGCCGUGGAGGCAGCUCAGUCCCAUAAAAUGGCUCCAGACAUGUUCUACUGCAUGAAGCUCCUGGAGGAGACUGGCAUCUGUGUCGUGCCUGGCAGUGGCUUUGGGCAGCGAGAAGGCACUUACCACUUCAGAAUGACAAUUCUCCCUCCCGUGGAGAAACUGAAGACCGUGCUCCACAAGGUGAAGGACUUUCACCUGAAGUUCCUGGAGCAGUACUCAUGAGGACGCCUCAGGCACCGGAGCCAGACUCUCCCAAGACCACCCAGGCCUUCCUCAAGGACUCUGCCUCAGACCUCAGACAGGCCACCAACGCUGUUCAUCUUCAUUUCCCCAAGGAGACUUCUUUCUUUGUGCCUUGAUGUUUGAGAGUUCUUCGAGCAAACAGUGGUUUUGCAAUGUCUCACAGGCCCUGUUUUUGUUUUUGUUUUUGUUUUGUUCUUUUUUUUAAAUGCAACCAAAGUAGAGUCAUCCUGCUUGGCAGAUGUACUUAGGAUUCUCUGAAUCACUAUUCUGUUUGGAAAGUUCCUUUGGGUCUUAAGGAGCCAGAGUACAUGGAAAUGAGAUUAUGUCAGAUCUGGAGAAACAAGCAGGUGUUGGGAAAUAUGUGACUUGACAUGAUAAGGGCUGGGAAUCCAGAAAUCAAUAGUGAGAUCCAUGAAAUCAAACCCUGACCAGUGUGAAAAUGUAGCCUUUUGGACAGUAAACUUGCAAGUCAGUCUAGUGAGAACUCAGAGAAAGCUGGCCAUUCUGGUCUGGAGAUAGGCAGCGCAUCACAGGCAAGAAUAUCGAAGUCAGUAGUAGGACAGGGGUCACAUCAGAUACCAGCUCAGAUUGCACUGGCUACCUAGAACAGUUUUCUCCAGGUUUGCCUGAGCCUUGAUGCAUACCAUCGCCCUCUGCUGGUUGCAGCAGAAAUAAGCAAGGGCUGAAAACGGAGGCAAUCCCUUUUCCAAGGUCCUGAAAGUUGUUUUUCAUGGUUUCAAACUGAAUUUGGUUCAUUUGUAACUAACUGAUCACCGUGCCUGGUUACACUGGCUGCCAAGAAGGAGUGCAUGCAAUCUGAUUCAGUGUUCUCUUCACAUCAGUUUCCUGCCUCCCUCCCUGAUCUGCGGACAGCAUCCUAUAUCAUCAGGCUUCCCUGUGUGUCACAAAGUAGCAGCCACCAAGCAAAUAUAUUCCUUGAAUUAGCACACCUGGGUGGGCCAUGUGGGCGCACCAAGGAAACAGGUGCUAUAGGGAGCGCCAGGCCAGGCUUGUCUCUUAACUGUCUCUGUUCUUCAGUGAGAGUGAGGAAAGCUGUCCGGAGCUCCCGCUCAGGAGCCUGGGUACCCAUGCAGUGAGCCAAGGGAGUUUACGGAGCCAGAGAGAGAACGAUGUUAAGGCUGUGGAGUGAGGCUGAAACCAGCCUCCUGCCCUAUGGUCCCACACUGCAGAGGGUGUGACUUUAAAACAGAACGUCAAGUUGUUAACACUCACAAGCAUUGCGUUACUGUGAAGGAAGUAGCCGCAUCCAUAACAGGAUGUGACGUUCUACAGCUUUUCCUUUAGAAGCUGAAAAGGUACCAUGUGUGCUCGCUAGGCAUAUAAUCCAGAUAUGCUCCAGAGCUCUGAGAUUCUUCCAUGAAAGGUUAACUAGAAGCUAGAAUAUUUUUUUAUAUUUUUGUAACAAUUGGCUUUUUUCAUGGGGGGAGGGGGGUAGAGGUGUAAGGGUUAGUAUUUAUAGUCCUAACAAGUCCAAUAAUUUUUAUAAGUGUCUUCAGAUUAUAAAUAACCCUCCAAAUUUUGCAAUGUUUACAUGUUUUUUUUUUUAAGAUGACAAAUAUGCUUGAUUUGCUUUUUAAAUAAAAGUUUAGCUGUUCUAAGAGAUUAUCUUCACGUAGGAUGGCUGGUUACGUUAGUUUGGAUUUUCUACAGGUUCUGUUGCCAUGCCUUUUGGGUUUCAGCAUCACUCGAGCGGUAGCAUGUGGGUGGGGCUGUGGAAACCUGGCCAGGCUGGACCUGGACAGCCACACCUUAGAGACAUUGUUUCCAUUUGGAUGUGAGCAGGCGCAGGCCUGCAUGCUCUUUACUACUUAGCAUCAUCAGUUCUUCUGCCUCCUUAGCAUGGGUCUUUGUAACAACCAUGCUGGGAAGCUCUGAACAAUAAAAUACUUCCAGAGUGGUGACUGAGCAGCUUGGUCAAUAAAAACUAAAAGUUUCGUGGG